AUGGGUAAAGGUCAUAAAGAACGUCGACGAGAAAAACGAGCUGUUGAAGUCGGAGAACGUGAUAAAGAUGAACGUAUAUUAAAACAAGAACUUGAAGAAGAAAAUGAAAAGAAAAUUGAAGAACAACAAGCACUUAAGAAAGAAAAGGAACAACAAGUAAACAAUGACAAAUUAAUUGAAACAUCUUCAGAUACUGACUCUGGUCAUGGUAGUAGUAUAACAACAUCAACUAAUUCGCCAAAAGUAUCAAAAUCUAGUCAAAAAGAUGAAUCUAUAGAAAAUCAAAAAAGACGAACAUUAAUUAAAGGUCUUAUCAAUAUUGGUAAUACAUGUUUUUUCAAUGUUGUUAUACAAUCAUUGGCUCAUACUCCAUUAUUAAUUGAUACAAUGUAUCAAACGAUACGUAUUUUAAUGAAUGAAAAUGAAAAAAAAUAUUCAUCAACUACUACAGCUCAAUUAAUGAAUGUUUUUGAUGAAUUUACAUCAACUGAGAAAAAGAAACCAAGUAUUGAUCCAAAACCAUUAUUUAAUAGUCUUAUACAAAGAAUACCAUUAUAUAAAGGAUAUGAUCAACAUGAUACUCAUGAACUAUUUAUGAAUCUUAUGUCAAUAUUACGCGCAGAGGAAAAUCAAUUAAAACAUUUGCAAUCUAAACCAUCUAACCAUUCCGAUAAUGAUGAUGAUCCAUCAAAAAUGUUUUGUUUAAUAGGAUGUAAUGAACCAUAUACAAUAUAUGAUUCAAUAUUUUCUGGUCAUUUACUUGAUGUUAUUACGUGUAAAAAAUGUGAAAAGUCACUAAUGAAAAUUGAACCAUUUCUUGGUCUAUUAUUACCAUUAACUGAUCGAAUGACACCAGGAGAAAAUUAUCGUAAUCGACGUAAACGUGAUGAUUAUACGGGAACGAAACCGAAAAAAGAAACAAAAAUUUUAUCUCGAAAACAACAAAAAGCUUUACAAAAACAGGAAAAGAAAAAUAGUAGACGAAGUGCUGGAACUAGUACUGGCAAAAUUAAAGGUCGACAAGCAGCAAAGAAAAAAACUGUUGAAGAACAAUUACCACUUGACGAAUCAGCGCCUUUACCUACUACUGAAGAAACAAUUGUAAAAAACGAAGAAAAUGAAAAUAAAGAGUCAAAUGAUGGAAAAACCGAUAAAUCGGAUCAUGGAAAAGCAGAAGAAGAAGAAGAAGAACAACAAGAGCAAUCAACUGUUGAAAAUAAUGAAGGCGAAGAACAAGAACAACAAUCGACUGUUGAAAAUAAAGAAGAAGAGGAACCAGCUGAUGAAGAGAGUGAAGACGACGAAGAAGAAGAAUCUAAAGGACCUUUAACUGCAGUUGAAUCGACUUGUAUGCUUUCUGAUAUGGUUUCAAAAUUAACAUUAAUUCAUGAAACAGCAUCACGUCCAUUACCAUUUGUAGAUGAAAAUCUUGCACAAAAAUUUUUAAAUUGUCAUAAAACAGUGAAAAAUUCCAAUGUAACCGAUGAAACAGAUAAUAUUAAAACAUUAGAACAAUGUUUUCAAAGAUAUUUCAAACCUGAAACACUUUCCGGUGAAAAUUUAUUUGAUUGUUAUUAUUGUCGAUCAGUAGAUAAAACACAAAAAAAAGUAUUAACAGAAGCAACACGUCAAACAGUAUUUUUCCAACUUCCACCCAUAUUACCAGUAUUUCUUAAACGAUUUCAAAUGUACGGUUCACACAGUGAAAAAAUUAAUAGAUUUAUUGAAUUUCCUCUUCAACUUGAUCUUACUGAUCGUUGUUCAGCACAAAUCACAACAACAUCAUCUAUUUAUACAUUAUACGCAGUAAUUGAACAUUCUGGUACACUUCGAAGUGGACAUUAUAUUGCCUAUAUCAAACAAUCAAUGAACGAUAUAGAUCUAUUAAAUAAACACUAUUCUAAACCUAUUGAUUAUGUAUUAGCAAAUCUUUUUAAAUCUACAACAGAUAAUUCAUGUGAAAUUAAUAAUAGUACAACUGAAAACGAUCCAUCAUCUCCACCAUCUUCAUGGUAUCAUAUCAGUGAUAAUACGAUACAUAAAGUUCCAGAAAACAAGGUGCUUGAAGCGGAUGCUUAUGUACUUUUUUAUCGAAGGAUAUAG